GGUAACUCACCUGUGUUUUGUUUGACGCAUUGUGGGAUACUAUACUUAUUUUCAAAAUGGCGAGAAAUGGAAAGUAUGCGGAAGGCAGGGAAAGGCGUCCCCCUCGAGAAUUCAGUGUAGUUGUGAUCGUUGCCUUCGCAAUAAUGGGUUUGGCGACACUUUUUCAGAUUAUCGCCCUAAUUUCGGACAGCUGGGUGAAUACUGUUACCGACGCGGACGGUACCGUCGGAUCCGCUGGUCUCUGGCGUACCUGUGCUGACUACGCCGGAAUUGACAGCUGCCGAGGCUUCGUAUGGAGCGACAACCAAGUUUCUCAUUGGUUCCGGACAGUGCAAACCCUUGAAGUGAUUGGAUUCCUCUUCGGUGCUGUGGCACUAUUUCUAUUUGCCCUUUAUCACAUGGUGGAGAUGUGUAUGGACAACAGAGUACUGAAAUUAUCAGCCAUUGGUCUUCUCAUGCUUGCCUUCCUGUUGGUAUUCUGUGGGACAAUAGUCGUUGCAUCCUUGAAGGACGUACAAAAAGCCAUCGAGCUGCCCAAGACAGAAGCCGUUGUGUCCUGGGGUUUUGGCCUCUCCCUAACUGCAUCAAUUCUCUACCUGGCGGGUGGCGUGGUGGUUGCAAUAUCACCGCAACCGUGAUCAUGUGACCUUGGCUUAUCAGCACCCCCAUACUUUCAUGGACCUCAUUGUAAUAUAUUCAUCAUGUUCUUAGAGAGAUUCAUAUUUGUUUCGUGUAUUCUCAUCAUGUCUUUAUUAAGGGUUAAACAAGUUCUCAUCCGAUUCUGCUUCUAUACUUGAUUUUCCUAACCAGUGUUAUAAUGUAUAUUUUAUUCAAAUUCGCUCAAGGAUCACCAAAGGCUACUUCUAACAUGACUUCAGAUAGACCAGAGAUAUUAGCAAAAGGCUUAUAACUAUGUUUGUAAGAAAAUUGUAACCUACUUACUGGACUUUUACCAGAAAUGUAUUCAAAUGUGUUUACUUCUGGUUAAUUCCAGGAACCGUUAUUCCAGAACCUUGAAAGUAAGAGUGAAAAAUCUUCAACUGAUAAAUUUGGGUUCAUUGGGUUUCAUUUAAGUCUGACGAUUGCAAUGAAAAACCACAUUGUUUAUUUUUAUAUGUUGUAUGCCGGUAUGUUAUAUUUCAAUUUAAUCUUGGAAGUCGUUUUUGACAUAAGUUUACUCGAUUUUUGACGAAAUGAUGCUUGCAUCUAAUGAUGAUUGUCUAAUUACUUUUGAAAAACUACCAACUUGUAGUUUGUAUUUCCUGAACAGCUAUAUAUUCGUUGAAACUAAAAUAAUUACAGGUUAUCCAUAGCAUAUUUUAAGUAGAGUAGUUAUAUUGUAUGUCAAAUAACGAUCACAUCAGGGCAAUAAAAUGUUCAUCAUAACAUCAUCAAAACCUUCACUCACUAAAUGGUUGUAAAAAUGAACUUGUUAUUCCUGUAAGUUACUGUAGACUUGUCAUUAAUAAAGCAUUGUAUUAAUACCAUUAUAUCACAGACAAUUUUUAUAUUAAAUUAUACAUGACAUUGUAAGAAUAAUCACAAAGCUUACACAUCUGUCAAUUAAACAUUCCAACAGACUUACAGUGAAAUGUACCAGUUGCAUUUUGAAAAGUAAGAUUUAAAAUUGUGACAGAAUCAUAAUAAAAGCUAGGACCAAAAAACAAUUGAUUUUGUUCAAUUUUUUUAGUGCUUUGCUUGGCAUGUAGCUAGCUGAAAAACAUUCUAGAAUAUUUCACUCUAAAACAAUGUUAAUGAAACAAAAAUGACUUUACACACUGGUUUGUCGAUAAUGUAGCUUUGGUUUGAAAAUCAUUAUUAAAGAGACUCUUUCACAGGUGAUGAUGAUUUUUUCCCAAAGUUUUUAACCUAUUUUGUUCCUUGCUAAGCACCAAACACCAACUGGCAUAUACUCAUUAAAGCAGAACGAUGUAAUUCAACUUUCAUUAUUGGUGAUACUAAUGCUUUUCCACAAGAUGAAGCACUUGGUCACAAUUUUCAAUAUAGUUUAUCAAAAGAGCUGUGGUUUGAACUUGUGGUCAUGUUUUGUCAUUAUUACUAAUAAUUUGUUCACAAUUCGCACAUAUCUUUUAUUUUCGAUGCCAGAAACUUUAAAACGUGAACAAAUCCCUUGAAGAAUUGGGUGGCAAAUGUGAAUAGCAUAGUUGUCAUCUUGUCUAUACUGUAAAUAGCCCCAGCAUAGCUGUUAAUGUUUUGUACAUACUUGAUCCGUUUUUGGUAGAUCUUUUAUUUGUAAAUAUGCAAUAUUUUUGUACUGUCUUCAUAUAUAUAAACACAUGAAAUAAAUUCUUAUAAGCAGA